AAGCGCUAGCGCGGCGGCCGGGGCUUGGGGCCGAGCGGCCAGGUGCGCAGCGAGCGCGCGCGCGGAGAGGCGCGCAGCCGGCGGAUGCCCCAGCCGGGGCCCAGCGAGCGCCAGAGAGUCCUGGGCCACCAGCAGAAUGAGUACAGAACGAGAUUCGGAGACCACAUUCGACUCGGAGUCCCAGCCCAAUGAUGAGGUGGUCCCUUACAGUGACGACGAGACGGAAGAUGAGCUUGACGAGCAGGGGCCAUCGGUGGAGCCUGAGCAAAAUCGGGUCAACAGAGAGGCUGAGGAGAAGAGGGAGACCAUUAAAAAAGAUUGCACCUGGCAAAUUAAAGCCAAUGAUCGGAGCUUCCAUGAACAGCCUCAAUUUAUGAACACAAAGUUCUUUUGUUUGAAGGAGACCAAAUAUGCGGAUAAUGCGAUUAAAACUUACAAGUAUAAUGCCUGUACCUUUCUACCAAUGAAUCUGUUUGAGCAGUUUAAGAGGGCAGCCAAUUUUUACUUCCUGGUCCUUCUUAUCUUACAGGCUAUUCCUCAGAUCACCACCCUGGCAUGGUACACCACUCUGGUGCCCCUAUUAAUGGUGCUGGGCAUCACAGCCAUCAAAGACUUGAUGGACGAUGUAGCUCGCCAUAAGAUGGACAAGGAAAUCAACAACAGGACAUGUGAAGUCAUCAAGGACAAAAGAUUCAAAACUGCCAAGUGGAAAGAAGUUCAGGUGGGAGACGUUAUUCGCCUGAAGAAGAAUGACUUUAUUCCCGCCGACAUUCUGCUGCUGUCCAGUUCUGAACCCAACAGCCUCUGCUACGUCGAAACGGCUGAGCUUGAUGGAGAAACCAACUUAAAGUUCAAAAUGGCACUGGAAGUCACCCACCAAUAUCUCCAACAAGAAAAUGCAUUGGCAGCGUUUGAUGGUUUUGUUGAAUGUGAAGAGCCCAACAACCGAUUGGAUAAGUUUACAGGAACACUAUUUUGGAGAAAACAACGUUUUCCCUUGGAUGCUGAUAAAAUUUUGUUACGAGGCUGUGUGAUUAGAAAUACGGAUUUCUGCCAUGGAUUGGUCAUUUUUGCAGGUGCUGACACUAAAAUAAUGAAGAACAGUGGGAAGACCAGAUUUAAAAGAACAAAGAUCGAUUACUUGAUGAACUACAUGGUUUAUACGAUCUUUGUUGUACUUAUCCUACUCUCAGCUGGUCUGGCAAUUGGCCAUGCUUAUUGGGAAGCCCAAGUUGGCAAUUUUUCUUGGUACCUCUAUGAUGGAGAAGAUGCUACCCCCUCCUACCGUGGAUUCCUAAACUUCUGGGGCUACAUCAUUGUGCUGAACACUAUGGUCCCCAUUUCCCUCUAUGUCAGUGUGGAAGUGAUCCGCCUUGGCCAGAGUUACUUCAUCAAUUGGGACCUGCAGAUGUACUACCCCGAGAAGGACACCCCCGCCAAGGCCAGGACCACUACACUCAAUGAGCAGCUGGGGCAGAUCCACUACAUCUUCUCCGACAAGACAGGCACACUCACACAGAACAUCAUGACCUUCAAAAAGUGCUGCAUCAAUGGGCACAUCUAUGGGGACCACCGGGAUGCCUCUCAGCACACUCAUAACAAAAUAGAGCAAGUUGACUUCAGCUGGAAUACCUAUGCCGAUGGGAAGCUUGAGUUUUAUGACCAUUAUCUCAUCGAGCAAAUCCAGACCGGGAAAGAGACCGAAGUUCGGCAGUUCUUCUUCCUGCUCUCCAUCUGCCACACGGUCAUGGUGGAAAAGAUGGAUGGUCAGCUCAACUACCAGGCUGCCUCCCCUGAUGAAGGGGCACUGGUCAAUGCAGCCAGAAAUUUUGGCUUCACCUUCCUCGCCAGGACCCAGAACACCAUCACCAUUAGUGAGAUGGGCACAGAGAGGACCUACAGUGUGUUGGCCAUUCUGGACUUCAACAGUGACCGGAAGCGCAUGUCCAUCAUUGUCAGAACCCCUGAAGGCAAUAUCAGACUGUACUGCAAAGGUGCCGACACUGUCAUUUAUGAGCGACUGCACCCAAUGAACCCUACGAAACAAGAGACACAGGAUGCUCUUGAUAUCUUUGCCAGUGAGACUCUGAGAACUCUGUGCCUUUGCUACAAGGAAAUAGAUGAAAAAGAAUAUGAGGAAUGGAAUAAAAAGUUUAUGGCUGCCAGUGUGGCCUCUGUGAACCGCGACGAGGCUCUGGAUCAAGUGUACGAGGAGAUUGAAAAAGACUUAAUCCUCCUGGGGGCAACAGCUAUUGAAGACAAGCUCCAGGAUGGAGUCCCAGAAACAAUUUCAAAGCUUGCAAAAGCUGACAUUAAGAUCUGGGUGCUGACUGGAGACAAGAAAGAAACGGCUGAGAAUAUAGGAUUCGCUUGUGAGCUUCUGACAGAAGACACCACCAUCUGCUAUGGGGAAGACAUAAAUGCCCUUAUUCACACGAGGAUGGAGAACCAGAGGAACCGAGGUGGAGUCUAUGCAAAAUUUCUCCCUCCAGUACAAGAACCCUUCUUCCCACCGGGAGGGAACCGCGCCUUAAUCAUCACAGGCUCCUGGUUGAAUGAGAUUCUGCUGGAGAAGAAAACGAAGAGAAGUAAGAUCCUAAAGCUGAAGUUCCCCAGGACUGAGGAGGAGCGGCGCAUGCGGACGCAGAGCAAGCGGCGACUCGAACUGAGGAAGGAGCAGAGGCAGCGCAACUUCGUGGACUUGGCAUGCGAGUGCAGCGCCGUCAUCUGCUGCCGCGUCACUCCCAAGCAGAAGGCCAUGGUGGUGGACCUGGUGAAGCGCUACAAGAAGGCCAUCACGCUGGCCAUUGGCGAUGGUGCCAACGACGUCAACAUGAUCAAAACUGCCCACAUUGGGGUCGGAAUCAGUGGACAGGAGGGCAUGCAGGCCGUCAUGUCGAGCGACUACUCGUUCGCGCAGUUCCGAUACCUGCAGAGACUGUUGCUGGUACAUGGGCGCUGGUCCUACAUCCGGAUGUGCAAGUUCCUCCGCUACUUCUUCUAUAAGAACUUCGCCUUCACCCUGGUGCACUUCUGGUACUCCUUCUUCAAUGGCUACUCGGCGCAGACAGCGUAUGAAGACUGGUUCAUCACCCUGUACAACGUGCUCUACUCCAGCCUGCCUGUGCUCCUUAUGGGGCUGCUCGACCAGGACGUGAGUGACAAACUGAGCCUACGCUUCCCGGGGCUGUAUGUGGUGGGCCAGAAAGACUUACUCUUCAAUUACCGGAGAUUCUUCGUGAGCUUGUUGCACGGGGUUUUAACGUCCAUGGUCCUCUUCUUCAUCCCCCUCGGAGCUUAUCUGCAAACGGUGGGGCAGGAUGGAGAGGCGCCCUCAGACUAUCAGUCCUUUGCGGUCACCAUCGCUUCUGCUCUCAUCAUAACAGUCAAUUUCCAGAUUGGCUUGGAUACAUCCUAUUGGACUUUUGUGAAUGCUUUUUCCAUUUUUGGAAGCAUCGCUCUUUAUUUUGGCAUCAUGUUUGAUUUUCAUAGUGCUGGAAUACAUGUUCUCUUUCCAUCUGCAUUUCAAUUUACAGGCACCGCCUCAAACGCUCUUCGACAGCCCUACAUUUGGCUGACCAUCAUCCUGACAGUCGCAGUGUGCCUGCUGCCAGUCAUUGCCAUCCGCUUCUUGUCCAUGACCAUCUGGCCAUCAGAAAGUGAUAAGAUCCAGAAGCACCGCAAGCGGUUAAAAGCCGAGGAGCAGUGGAAGCAGCGGCGGCCGGUGUUCCGCAGGGGUGCCUCUUCCAGGCGCUCGGCCUACGCCUUCUCCCACCAGCGCGGCUAUGCCGACCUCAUCUCCUCGGGCCGCAGCAUCCGCAAGAAGCGCUCGGCACUCGAUGCCAUCAUCGUGGAUGGCAAUGCCGAGUACCGGCGCACGGCUGAGAGCUGAGCCCCCCACGCGCGUGCAAGAAAGGAAAUGUCUAUUUUUUUAUGCAAGACUCUCAGGACUGUGUUUUUUUUUUUUUUUUAAUUGCAUUUGUCCCCAGGAUGAAGACAACAAUCACAUUUUCCCAACAAAUUACUUGGGUAGGCGCUGGGAAGCCACAGCCAAGCCAAGAGGAUCUUUGAGCAAGUCCUGUUUCUGCACCGUUGUUCAUUGUGAAUCCAAGGGAACAUAUCUGGCCCCACGUCUCAAUCCGAGACAGCCUAAUCCUUGAGCAUCUUCUAUUUCGGUUCAACUGGGAUUGAAUGAUUCAAAUAACAUGUGAUUCCCACCCCACCCCCCGGUUUGGG